AAACUAAUUAUCUAUUAUUAAAGAUGUUAUUACCAAAGUGAUCUUAUAUUUAGUGCACUUUAUAAUAUUUUUCGCGAUGGCUUCGGUACAUAGAGCUUUUGCUCAAAAACUUUCCAAGCAACACGCGGCUGAUGUAAGGAAAAAUAUAGCAACAUAUCAACCAACUAAUUAUGGGCAGAUAUCGGGAUGCUCUUCAUCUGUAUCACUUUGUGAUCUAGCCGAACCUCUGGAUUAUGAGGAUUUCUUGUUGCAAAAUAUAUCUUUGAUAGAUCGUGACAAUUUGAAACCCAUUCUUGAUUUUCCUACCAAUGAUAUAGAUAUUGUGAAAAUUGAUCGGAAAAUACGAACUGUUUGUCGCGUUGUUCCAGAUGAAGAUGUCUCUGAGCUGCCACUUCAUGUUCGCGAGUGCGUUGAGUGUUACACCCGUGAUUGGUCAGUUCUGUCCCACAAUUUCCGACAUCUAUCUAGUUCAGCCUGGAUACGCGGAAAUCCAUGGAUUAAUGCAGCCGGCACUUCUUGUUCUAAUCCAAGACACGAGUUUCAAGUUGACACUUUGGAUUCUGCUAGAGAUGAUAAUAGUUGCCGUUCAGACUCACUGCCUCCAAGCCGGCACUCAGUGGCAUCAUUAUCAUCUUGUUCUGAAAGCGAGAGCACUGAUGCUGAUGGCCAAACACCUCGCGGUUCUUGGGCUUCAUUGGAUCUUAGGAGUUCUGUUAGUGAUUCACUUAUACCAGGUCUUUUGCAAGGAAAAAGUCCUGAGCUUGUAGAUCAAUCAAAUGAAGAAAAACGAUUUGAAAAUCGAGAGGAAUGUUUAUUUUCAUUAUUUCCUGAACCAGAAAUGGAUGAAUAUGUUGAAAGAAGAAUUCCUGCUGAAAUUCCAUCUGAACAUAUGGGUCAUAGAAUAUUAGUAAAGUGUCUUCAAUUAAAAUUGGAUUUGGAAGUUGAGCCAAUAUUUGCAUCAAUGGCACUGUACGAUGCAAAAGAAAGGAAGAAAGUUUCAGAAAAUUUUUAUUUCGAUAUGAAUAGUGAUCAGAUAAAAAGAAUGCUUACAUCUCAUGUACCAUAUGUGGAUGUAAGUACUCUUAGCAGAGCAGCUGUUUUUGAUAUCACUCAUGUCAGUCCCGAUCUAUUCAUUGUAGUACGUCUUGAGAAGGUUCUUCAAGGGGACAUAAGUGAAUGUAUUGAACCUUAUUUGAAAGAUGACAAGAAUCGAGAAAAAGUGCGAUCUAAUGCAGCAGCGUCUUGUGAACGUUUAGGCAAGUAUCGUAUGCCUUUUGCUUGGACAGCAGUUUAUCUAAUGAAUGUUAUUAAUGGUGGCACCAGUCUGGAGCGGAGUGAUAGCGACCGAGAAACUGGGAGUACAUGCAGUUCCUCCAAUAGUUUGGAUCGUAAGAGUAAUACAAGUGGUUUCGAUAGUUUACGAAAGCGUGCUACAGAUAUGAGUGGCACCCUUGGUCGAAGAGGAUCUUUAGAAAGACGUUGUAAUGAAAAACGACGUUCGUGGCCGACUGACGAAUAUGUAAAUAACUUGUAUAAUUUUAAACCUAUCACUCUCACGGUUACAAGUUUUUUCAAACAAGAAUCUGACAAGCUGAAAGAAGACGAUCUCUAUAAAUUUUUAUUAGAUUUAAAGCGACCAUGCUCAGCGUUGAAAAAAUUAAAGUGCAUACCAGGAUCAUUAAAGUUAGAUAUUUCUCCUUAUUCGGGUGACUUGAAAUAUGCACUUACACCAGAGCUUUCUAAGAUUGCACCAUACCCAGAUGAUAACAGCCGUCCAGUGAAAGAAAUACUUGAGUUUCCUUUCCAACCGAUCUAUGUUCCACACUUUUCCUACCGGAACUUGUUAUAUGUAAGUCCUCGUGAAUUGAAUUUUUCAUCACGAGCAGGAUCAGCUCGUAACAUUACUGUGCGUGUACAACUAAUGUGUGGAGAGUCUCAACAGCAUGCUUUGCCAGCAAUAUUUGCAAAGAGUUCUUGUCCAGAAUUUACAACAGAGGCUUAUACUGCUGUUAGCUACCAUAAUAAGACACCAGUAUUUUAUGAUGAAAUUAAAGCUCGAUUGCCUGCAGCUUUAGGUUCUCAGCAUCAUUUAUUAUUCACAUUUUAUCACAUAUCAUGCCAAAGAAAACCUCAGGAAGUUAAUAGUUCUGUAGAAACACCAGUUGGAUAUUCAUGGCUACCUAUCAUAGUUGAUGACUGUAUUAAUACUGGCGAAUUCUGUUUGCCUGUAAUGGCAGAGCCACCACCACCAAAUUAUUCAUUUAUUUCGCCUGAGGUUUGUUUGCCGGGAAUGAAAUGGAUUGAUAACCAUAGACCUUUAUUCACAGUUCUCGUUGACUCUGUGACAUCAGUUUAUGCUCAGGAUAAAUACAUUGACAGAUUUUUUUAUCUAUGCGAUGUUAUAGCGGGUGGAAAAAUACCAGCACGGAUAGGCGAAGAUAAUAUAGAGAAUGAAUUGAAGCAAAGAAUACUUGAUUUGCAAUAUGCAAAACCAGAACCUUUAGUUCGUAACCUGGUGCGAGUAUUUGACAAACUUUUACAACUUUUAGUGCAUCCUAUAAAAAUUGGUGGCCUCACUUUGUGCGUCGGUUCUACUUUGUUUCAUGCAUUAUCGGUUAUUGUUAAUAACAUAGGGCUUCUGCAGGAUUUUUCCACUGAACUACAUGGCAGACAAGCUAUAUUGAGUACUUAUAUUUCUUAUCAGUGCUCGAUGCCUCAUCCGUUGUCGCAAACUGCAGGUUCUCCUUUAUCUCCGACUAAAAUCAGCAGGAGUAAUAGUGAAUCAGAUAUCAAUACUGAUUAUUCACCAACAAAAAGUGUUGAUAGAACUACUAGUAUGAGAGCAGGGACCAAUGAUGCUCCUUAUAUGCAAAGUAACAAUAUAAAAAUUGUUCAUGAAGAAAUCGCACUGCAAUGGGUUGUAUCAAGUGGAAAAUCUCGUGACUUGGCAAUGGCUAAUGCUUGGUUUUUAUUUGAACUAAUGAUCAAAAGUAUGGCUGAACAUUUGGCUCACAAUAAUACCCUCAAGUCUCCUAGAAAAUCUCGAUUUUCGCAUCAAUAUGUGGAUGAUAUAACCACAUUAGUAAAUUUGGUUACUUCAGAAGUCAUUUCGAAGCACUCAGCUGAUGUAAAACUAUCUCAAUCUCUUAAUGCUGCAUUAGCAUUCUUUUGUUUUGAUUUAUUCAGUAUUAUGGAUAGAGGUUUUGUUUUUGGUCUUAUAAGAAGCCACUUUAAGCAGAUCACUGCCAAAAUUGGUGCCUUACCUGAUGCUACUGUUUUAAUAGAGUACAAGCUGGAUUUCUUACGCAUUGUUUGCAGUCAUGAGCAUUUUGUGGCAUUGAAUCUUCCAUUUGGAACUCCGUAUACGAGUCCGCAAUCUAAUCCUCCUAGCCCAACACCGUCCAUGUCUUCGGUGAACAGCCAAUCAUCUUUUAUCAGCACUUUAGUUUCAGGAGAUCGUUCUUGCUAUUCAGAACUUGGACCUGAAUUCCGAUCACAUCAUUUCUUGAUAGGACUCUUAUUGUCUGAACUGGCUGCAGUAAUGGAUGUUCAAAAUCCGGGCUUGCAUUCCAAAGCUGUGUUGUGUGUACGAAAUUUACUUGCUUGUCAUGACAGUGAUAUAAGAUAUUGUGAUCAAGCAGCAAAAGCUCGUGUUGCUGCACUAUACAUUCCUUUGUUAGCCAUUGUGAUGGAUUGUAUGCCUCAACUAUAUCAACACUAUGAAACUAGAGAUCGUCUACUUUCAAUGGGAUUAGAAAGUAAUCAACCAGCUAAUCAGCCUAGUUCUAUUUCAGAAGGAUCUUUUUCUCAAGCAACUGAAUUAAAUCAAAAUGUUGCUAUGGCGAUUGCAGGACCAGCAAUGCCUGAAAGAGAACAUCAAGGAUACUUAAACCAGUCCAACCGGAAAAUCACACUAUCUAGUGAAACUACACGCCACUUACUAUGUUGCUUUUUGUGGGUUUUAAAAACUCUAGAUAAAAAUGCCACAACUCAAUGGGGCUCCACAUUAUCUCCAAGAAGAUUGCAUCAACUAUUACAAGUUCUCAAUAUUUGUAUAGCGUGUUUUGAGUACAAGGGUAAAAAGGAAAUGUUAAAAUGUGCUAAGCAAAACUUUCGCAAAGCCCCAACUGAUAUCAAGUCGAGACUUGAGGAUAUGAUUUUAGGACAAGGCUCUGCUAGAAGUGAGUUGAUUCAACGACGUAAAGAAAAAAAUCCUCCACCAUCUCCUGCUGGAGGCAGCCAGACAUCAACUUUAAGAUGGCGUAGAGAGCAGUUAUCAUAUAAAUCUUCAUCAGCAUCAGCACACAGCGAUGCUAUGCGCAAUAUGCAUUGUGAACUGGAAGCCUUUCAAAAUUGGGCAGCAGAAGCUUCUUUUAUAGUUCUUGAUACCUUGGAAAGAAUUGUUCAAAUUGCUGUUUCUACUGAUUGCCACCAUAAUAUUUUAGGUACUGUAUUGAAAGUUUUAUUACAUGCUUUAUCAAGAAACCAAAGUACUGCUGUUUUGCAAAGUAUGUUUGCAACUCAAAGAUCUUUAGUUUUUAAGUUUCACUCUAUAAUAUUCGAUGAGGAAAAUGAACAAUGUUCUGAUUUAUGUCUUAUAUUAUUGAAGCAUUGUAGUUCUCAUUUAUCCAGUGUGAGAUCUCAUGCAGCUGCUUCUUUGUAUCUUUUAAUGAGACAAACAUUUGAAAUUGGAAAUAAUUUUGCUCGAGUGAAAAUGCAAGUGACUAUGUCUUUAAGCUCGCUGGUUGGUACCAGCAAUAGUUUCAGUGAAGGUUCUUUAAGAAGAUCUCUGAAAACAAUUUUAGUUUAUUCAGAAGCUGAUGUAGAAUUACUGCAUACUACAUUUCCCGAACAAGUCAAAGAUUUAUUAUUUAAUUUACACAUGAUAUUGUCAGAUACUGUGAAAAUGAAAGAGUAUCAGGAAGAUCCAGAAAUGUUGUUAGAUUUAAUGUAUAGGAUUGCAAAAGGGUAUCGCAAUUCACCAGAUUUAAGAUUGACCUGGUUGGCUAAUAUGGCACAGAAGCAUAUGGAGAGGAACAAUCACACUGAAGCUGGUAUGUGCCUGGUGCAUUCAGCGGCCCUUGUUGCUGAAUAUCUACAGAUGCUAGAAUCUUUACCUCAUAUGCCAGUUGGUGCAGCUGCUUUGCAAAGUGUUACUCCUAAUGCUGUUCAAGAGUCUGCAGUUUCAGAUGACGUCCUCAGUCCUGGUGAUGAAGCUGGUUGUUUGGGAAGAGAUUUUACAGAAGCUGGUUUAUUAGGACUUUUAGAGCAUGCUGCUAGUUCAUUUCAGUUGGCUGGAAUGUAUGAGACAAUGAGCGAUGUAUACAGUAUUUUAAUACCAAUAGCUAAAGCUAAUAGAGAUUACAAGAAACUUGCUAACAUACAUAAUAAACUUCAUGAAGCUUAUACAAGAAUUGAGCAGCUCCAUGGAAAACGAGUUUUUGGAACAUAUUUCCGUGUCGCUUUUUACGGCGAAAAGUUUGGUGAUUUAGAUGGUCAGGAAUUUAUUUAUAAAGAACCUACUUUGACAAAACUACCAGAAAUUUUCAGCAGAUUAGAGAACUUCUACAAUGAUCGAUUUGGCCCUGACUCUGUGUGUAUCAUAAAGGAUUCCAAUGUAGUUGAUACUUCAUUAUUAAAUCCAGAUAAAGCUUAUAUUCAAAUAACAUAUGUUGAGCCAUAUUUUGAGCCUUAUGAACUGCGACAUCGUCAGACUUAUUUUGAACGCAAUUUCAACAUAAAGCGAUUUAUAUUUGCUACACCAUUUACACCUGCUGGUAGAGCUCACGGAGAAUUACAUGAGCAGUGUAAAAGAAAAACAAUUUUAACUACUGCUAAUCAUUUUCCAUAUGUUAAAACCAGAAUUCAGGUUAUUCAUAGAAAGCAAAUUGUGCUGUCUCCUAUAGAAGUCGCUAUAGAAGAUAUACAGAAGAAAACGAAUGAAUUGUCCAAUGCAACACUUCAAGAACCCCCGGAUCCCAAAAUUUUACAAAUGGUGCUACAAGGCUGUAUUGGUACAACGGUUAACCAAGGACCUCUGGAAAUGGCUUUAGUAUUUUUAUCGAGCUUUCCAGAUACAACAAAAACUCCUACUAAACUACAGAAUAAGUUGAGAUUAUGCUUUAAAGAUUUUUCAAAAAAAUGUCAUGAUGCCUUAAAGAAGAAUAAAAAUUUGAUUGGUAUCGAUCAAAAGGAUUACCAAAGAGAAUUAGAAAGAAAUUAUCAAAGGUUCACAGAACGCUUAUCUCCCUUAAUAACAAUCACUCCUGCACAAGCAGUAGCUAUAGCUAGUUCUGGAGGGCACAUAAAGUCCACUCCACUGCGCUGGUAAUGAUUUCAAUGCAAUUUUUAUGUAAGUUGAUUUGAUUAUUUUAGGAUCAUUGGGAUUUAUGGGCCAUCCAAAUAUAACAGAUCUUUAAAA